AUGGUGUCGUUGAAGUACAUCAACAGUGUGAAAGCUGAAGAUGUCAUUGUUGGUUGCAUAGUGAGUAUAUGUCAUGGUUUGUGGCAAAUGUUACAUGACCCGAGGAUGCAUCGGGCAUCGGCAUCAACACAUGCACAACCUCCUCAACAUGAUGACAUUGAGCACAAUUACAACACUCCAGAAGCAGAAGGAACUAUGGAUGCAAGAAGGCAUUCAAUUUCUUCCUUCUCUGAUUUAGGAAUGUCAAGCAUUUUUGGAGCGUAUGCCCCAUCUCCACCUUCGGCACAGGGUUUUGAAGGACCUAAUCAACAAUCCCCUUAUAAUGUCCAAUAUCAUAAUGAAACAGUGUCAUUCUCCGAUGAAUAUCAAGGUCAUGAAGAUGCAGAGCAUCAUGAAGCCCAACCUUCAGAGGAAGAAGCGCCUAGACCGUCCUAG